UCCAAACGCUGCUCACGCGGCUGACAGAGCCUGGCUGGGAGUGGUGUGGGAACCAGAGCCCUCGUGCGCUGAGGACCCGGUGCUCGGCCACGCAGUCUAGGAAGCCGAGUCCGCCCCGGGCUUAUUCGCUGUCUCCCUUCGCAGUUCGGAGCCUCGCCCCAGAGGCUGGAGUUGUUCCUCAGACUGAGGAGAAGAUUUGAAAUAAAUCUAUAUUCAUGAAGUGUGACUCCAUACAAACCACAAUAUGUCAAGAAAGAAAAAAAGAUCCAAUAGAAAUGUUUCAUUCUGGGCAGCUGGUGAAAAUCUGUGCCCCAAUGGUUCGAUAUUCAAAGUUGGCUUUUAGAACACUAGUAAGAAAAUACUGUUGUGAUCUGUGUUAUACACCAAUGAUAGUUGCCGCUGAUUUUGUCAGAUCUACAAAAGCCAGAGACAGUGAAUUUACCACAAACCAAGGUGAUUGCCCAUUGAUUGUUCAGUUUGCUGCCAACGAUGCCAGACUUUUAUCUGAUGCUGCUCGUAUAGUCUGUCCUUAUGCGAAUGGAAUAGACAUUAACUGUGGUUGCCCUCAGAGGUGGGCAAUGGCAGAAGGUUAUGGAGCUUGCUUAAUAAAUAAGCCAGAGCUUGUUCGAGAUAUGGUGAAACAAGUAAGAAAUCAAGUGGAAAACCCCAAAUUUUCAGUUUCUAUUAAAAUAAGGAUCCAUGAUGACCUUACCAGAACCGUAGAUCUUUGUCGAAAGGCUGAAGCAACUGGAGUUUCCUGGAUUACAGUCCAUGGAAGAACUGUUGAAGAAAGACAUCAGCCAGUCCACUAUGAUGCCAUUAAAAUAAUAAAGGAAAAUAUGUCUAUACCUGUAAUUGCUAACGGAGAUAUCAGGAGUUUAAAAGAGGCUGAAAAUGUGUGGCAGAUUACUGGGACAGACGGUGUGAUGGUUGCAAGAGGACUCUUAGCAAACCCAGCCAUGUUUGCUGGAUAUGAGGAAACCCCAUUGAAAUGCAUCUGGGACUGGGUUGACAUCGCUCUUGAACUUGGAACUCCUUACAUGUGUUUCCAUCAACAUUUAAUGUACAUGAUGGAAAAGAUAACUUCAAAGCAGGAAAGAAGAGUAUUUAAUGCACUGUCAAGCGCAUCAGCAGUCUUAGAUUACCUUACAGAACAUUAUGGCAUUUGACUGGACUUCCUAAAUUAUAUUAAUAUAUACUCUGUUUUAUACUUUAUAAAAUAUAAGGUUGCAUCUUUGUUUUUACUUUAAAUCAGUGGCUCUAGGUCCAAACACGGACAAACUGUUUAGAAUCUUGUUAUGGUUGGAGGAGGAGGGUUUCUCUAAAGGAAAUGUUUUUAACAUUUUUAAAUAAAAACUUUUUAUUUUAA